GAAGAGAGAAGAGAGCCAGCCACACCAGCCACAGCCGAAAGUCGUAAAGUUUGCUGGUGGAGUCCGUGUCCGAGUUGCGCAUUCGCCAUCUUGGACGAAUUUGAUAAUGAUAAGAGUAAUAAAUUUAUUUAUCGAGGUGUAUUUACUCAAAAGCAAGCCGCAAUAACGUCAAAAGACGUUAAGCUACUACGUAUUGGUGUCUUUGUCUUUCUCUCUUAUUGGACUCCCGCUUGUCUAAACGCGAGGCUAAUACAAAGGGUUCGUUCGUUGGGUCUGAGUGGUACUAAAUGGUUGCCUGCAGACAGCAUGUCUACUCUGUCGGGGAUCGUGUCGAAGGGGGAGAAAGGAAAAUCAAAGUUUCAAUCACUAGAUAUCAAUAGUUUAUACCGGGUGAGCAGGGGAGAAUCAUUGGAACAACACCAACAAAAAAGCACAUUACCACGCAAACAUGGAAUGCAGAGUUUGGGAAAGGUGCCUUCGGCACGGCGUCCACCGGCUAAUUUGCCUAGUUUAAAAAGUGAAUACAGCAGCAGUGAUCCAGCUGUAAGUCUAGUACCUAGUGGCGGAAGCGGUUGGGCAACUACUAAGGAACAAUCACCUAAUACUAAUACUACUACAACUACCAACGCAACAGCUGCUCCAUUAUCUGACACUACCUCCCCGCAGUUCCAACACGAGUUCCCCAGUCUCAGCGGACAGCCCUCCGUCUCAGUACCGACCAACAACACCAACCAACAGACUACUACUCAACAGUCGUCCUCCUCGACAGCUUCAAAUGUCAUCUCGGUCAAUGCCCAGCAUCAAUCGUUGCUACCGCAACAGCAGUAUCCCCACAACCACUCAGGUGCACCAGGACAGCAACAGUCACAACAAAACCGGGAGCUGAAUGCACAGUAUGGACCUGGACCAAGCCUGCGACCACAAACAGAAGGGAGUUGGAUACAAGGUGGAAGUCGCACACCAGGAGCAGGAGUUGGUACAGGCGGUGGGAGUACUCAGGUGGGCCAGGGCCCCCCAGUAGGCUUAUCCGGUACGCCAGGACACUCAGAAGGAUUAGGUGGCGGACGUCCGAGCUUGGGACAAUCGCCUGUCAUGGGUUCGGUCCCGGCAGGCCAACCGAAUCAAGGCGUCGCAGUGUCCUCGAGUGUAAACCCAACAGCAGCAGCUCCUGGCCCAAAUAUACAUCACUAUCGUGGACUUAUUCCCCCAUUUAUGUACAAUCGAGGAAACUUUCCAGCCAGUGGUGGUUUUCCUCCACAAAUACCGUCAAAUAUGAGCGGUGGCGGCGGCGGCGGAGGAGGCGGUGGCCCCCGUCCACGGUUCAAUCCAAAUGACCGUUUUCCUUCAUCACGAGCCCCGCAGGAACGUGAGCGUCCCCCGGUCGAAGAGGAGGUAAUUACACGUCCUAUUAUUAAGGAGGAAGAUUUAACUCGUAUGGAUGACAUUUCACACGACCCGGGCUGGUCUGCGCACGAUGAUAUUGAUUAUAAUCAGAAGCUGGCGUUCAGUGAUGACGAAAACGAGCCUGAUGCUAAUUCACACGGUACUUCGAGUUAUAAUACCACAAAUGCUAAUUCUGUUGUCAAGAAAGAUGAGAAGGUGGAACAGCCACCGCUCAAGGAUGAUAAAGUGUCCUCAGACACGUCGCUCGAUGAUAAAGAAAGACUUAGAGACAAUGAGUCGCCUCGAGACCCCAAAGACACUCGUGGUGACUUGUCUUCAGCGCACGGCAAUCGCCCGUGGUACCAAGACAGAAUGGGUCCCAGCUCAGGUGGAUCUGGUGGUUCUGUGGGGCCUCAGCGCGAUUAUCGUGCCACCAAUGGACCCCCGAUAAGAGACAACUACAACCAAUCAUCCCAACCGCCAAUGAGGCCCGCUCAUGCGCUUCGCGGAGUCGAGGAGGAAGAAAUAUGGAAUCAGCGUCGACGUGAGCACGGUGAAAUAGUCGCUUCGGCGGUCGUUCGUGCUCGUCAGCGCAAAGAAGAGGAAGAAAAACGCUUUCAGGAGUCAAAACAAGCAGCAGCUAAAAAAUUACAGGAUUUAGAACAAAAAAUGAAGAAAAAAAUGGCGAAAAAAGAAGACGAUGUCAUUUCUAUUCCCGAAACUAAAGGAUUGAUUAAUAUUCCGCCAGUGCCUAUUCCAGUGCCUGAGUGGGAGCGCGAGCGCGAGCGCGAGAACCGCGAGCGCGAAAGUCGCGACCGCGAACGUUCGCGCACAUCUUCCGAGGGUAAGGAUGAUAUUAAACCGGCGCGAGAGUCACGUGACCGCGAUUUGAUACGUGACAACAGAGAAAGAGACAGUAGAGAUUCCAGAGAGCCAGCUGGUGAUUUCCAGCCGAACCGUUCCAAUUUUAUGAGACCACAGCAAGAUCUUACACGCGCUGAAAGAGAACGCGAUCGCGACCAGCGUGAAAACCGUGACCGCGACCAGCCAGCGUUCUCAAGACAGUUUCAGAGCAAUUUGCCGCCACGUUUCCAGAAGCAGCAAGCCGAGAGAAGUGGCGGGGGAUACAACCGCGUGUCACCGAGCGCUGAAAGAACAACUUCUCAGCCGAAUGUUCCCUUUUCGCAGCAAUACGACCCCGCGAGGUGGUCUUCUCACAGCUCUUCGAGCUCCGCCAGCGUUAAGCAGUCCCACUCGAUGCCUCUGCCACAGCGCCGUCGUACUGAUUCAGAUAUUACCAAUCCCCUUGAUGAUGAUCCACGUCCGCCAUCUCGCGAUCAUGGAAACCGAUCAAGGGACGACAGAUUCCGACCGGUUAUUCACCAUAUUUUUGAUUCCCGAGAUUCCCGCAAGUCUGGCUACCACGAUGACUACAACAGAGGCUACAAGGAGGACUAUACGCGAGACCACGAUGACCGUCACCUGGGUCGCGAGUCCUGGGAGAGAGACCGUGACCGUAUUUACGACGAAAAGGACCGAGAUUCGCACUCACGCAGCUCCAGAGACUCAAGAGAGUUUAAAGAGACUCGAGACUUCCGCGACAGAGACACCAGAGACAACCGGGAGCCUCGGGACAGUCAUGGAGACUCCCGAAUUUCAAGAGAUAGUCGCGAAAGCAGAGACAAGGAUUACGAUUCUAAUUGCUACAUUAAACAGUCGAGUCAGCAAGACGCUAUGGAUGACCGUGAGUUGCAGCGUGAGCGCUCCGAAAGCGGUGACUGGGCUGCAGACAAUCGUCGUGAUGAGCGAGGCCUCUCUGCUGAUGAUAAUCGUCGCGAGCCUUUGAAUAUUUCCCGUGAAGAUCGUAUUGACAGGAAUGAACGACCUCAGCGCCCGGAUUCUCGCGAUUCACGUGCCUCACGUGAAUCCAAAACUUCUCUUCGUGAAGAUGAUUUUCACAAGUCACGUGACUCAUCUUCUUGGGUUCACGAUUUGAACGACUACGAGGACAAAAAGCGCGAGCUCUACCGCGAUGAUCACCACCGUGAGCGUGAACGAGACAGAAGGCAGCCACCUGGACCUAUUACACGUGAAAAACUUCAAGCUGACGAGUUGAAAAGUGAAAAACGAAAUCUCACACAAUUAAAGCGCGGUGGAAGCUCCAAUGCCGGCAAUGUCGGAGGUAAUGUCGCGGUUGAUGCUGAAAAAAAGGAGAGCAGUAAUAAAGAUAGUACAGCGGACGUGAAAAAAGAGCCAGAGGUUUGGAAUAGAAAAUUAGAGCGUACUCCCGAGUCAACGCGGCAGUCUUCUACUGCCGUUGAUAGAACUGAUAAUUCCUCCAAGGCUUGGGCUGACGCCGUGUCCCCAACUUUUGAGAAAAAUGAAGAGAAAUUAACGUCUCAGGAGCAAACGGCUAAGGAUGAAAAGGACAUAAGUGAAUUGAAAGCCAGCAUGGAGAAGUUGAUCGUUGAAAAACGCGAAGAGUCUCACGGUGAAGAAAUUAAGGAUGAUUCUAAAGAUGAGAAGCGUGACAAAAAUGUAAGAAAUCGUACUAACAGCGGUAGCUUCCGAGGACGUGAACCCUCUUCACGCGGUGGGCGUACUUGGGGCGGUGCUUACAAUGUUUAUACACGUGGAUGGCGCGGAUCAGAGACACGUGGUCGCCGUGGAGGUGGCUCUCGAUCGAUGGCCCGUCCUGGUUCUGCGAAAAGUGGAUCGUACGGUCACACGGACUCUGAAAUAAGCGGGGAUGAAAUUUCUGGGUCCACUGAGUCGGGCAAGGACGAGCGAAGGUCAGCUGUUUCGCCUAAACCUGUUGCCCAGAAAAAUGAUAAGGAUGAGCGUAAUCGGGAGGUAUCAAGACGGGAUGAGAAACGGAGCAAUGAAUAUCCACCUAGUCGCGGUGACAAGCGAGGAGGUUUUGACGGUAGACCGAGUCGAGAAGGUUUUGCGCCCUCGGGUGAGCCCUCAAGACGUGGCCGCGGUGGGUUUCGAUCCCGAGGGGCCACUUCGGGAGGCAGGAUGGAGGGUUACGGGCCACCACCCAGCAAAAGUCCGUUUUCUACUGAAAGAGUAAAUGUUGAUGAUAAAAAUGUCUUGCAGAGUUCUCCCUCGCCGGCGAUUGAAGUUGAGGGCAAUCAGCCAUCAACUGUUGAUCAGUCUGUCGAUGACAAGAUGAUCGCUAAGCAGCAAGCGUUGACUGCAGGAAUUACUGGUAGGCGCAACAAGUCACCUAAUGUUCCGGGGAAUCAGGGACAGAAGCAUGAACCGGUUCACGGAAAUGUGGGUCACCCUGCUGGCUUGCAGAAGAACCAGCCGAAAAAGGAAGACGCGAGAGCCAAGAGACCUCGCAGUGGCAGCCGUCGUGGCCGUGACAAUCGUGAGCGACGGGGAAAUCUACUCAAGUCGAAUUCUGCUGACGUGGGAAACGAGGAGUGGGAAACUACCUCGGAGAAUAGCGAGGAACACAUUGAUGAGCACAAGGAUUCUAGAAAUGCUCAUAAUAAACAUCGUGGAGCUGGAAAUCAAGCUGGGAGUAAUGUCCAGAAUAAUCGCAGGCAUGAACAAAUAGGCAACAAUCGUGAUCAGCAAAAGUCCAAGUCAAAUGUCAAUUCUAGGGCUCCUGGUGCUGAAAAACGCAAUGGCCAGAAUUUACCUUUUAAUCAGCGAAAUCAUUCCGGUAUGCUGCCGCCUCAAGGUGGAGGUACGCAGACACAAAAUGGGCGUCCUAGAAGCCAGGGCUCUGCUAAUAGUGGACCGAUUAAUGAGAAAGGGAAUAAAGAGACCACCAUCAACCGCGUCGAUGAGAUCAAGCUCAGUGAUCCCAAUUUGGUGGACCAGGUUAUGAAGGACAUGAGUAAAAAAUCACAGAGUGUACAGAGUGCACAGAGUCGGGACAAAAAGUCCGUCGAUUCUGAGAUUGAGGCUAAUAAUUAUUCAACUGGCGGCGACGAUGGCACCAGUGCAGAAGACAAGGUCGACGCUGAUGGAUUCCAAGAAGUGCGCUCGAAAAAGAAUCUCAAGGACUCGAGGCUCAAGGAAGAGCCCAAGCCGCCUCGUCGGGAAAAAGAUAAGGAACGCGAACGCGAUAGGUCUAAAUCCAAGUCAAAUGGUCCUCAGCCCCCUACGGCCCAGCAAAUUCAAAACAUACCACCGCUGCUGGGUCAACCGAUUCCUCAGCCGGCAAAUAUGCCCAAGUCCUUUGACAGGAAUCCUAAUCGCAAUAAACUUGCGCCCAGAUUCCAGAAACAGAAGUUGGCCAAGCAACAGCAGCAGCAUUUGAAUUCCGAUGGCAGUACUGAUUCGAAUAAGGCUAACGCUAAUUCUAAUUAUAUUAAAGACUCUUCUGGGAACGGAGGCAAUGCCGGAGGUAAUACAGGAAGUGGUCCAGCUCCACCACCAUCCGUAAACGCCUGGGAUAAACCGUUUACGAGUCAAUUGAGAUCAAACUCCCCGAACUCAAACAUCCCGGCUGAUAUUCAAUUAAUGUCGGGGUUAACUGGCUCUGAUCAUUCGCACGAAGCUAACGAGCAGGCGGCCUCGGCAGGUAGCAGUCAGCGCAACUCUCCCAGUGGAGAAAAAAUAAUAAAACCUAACAAGGAGUCUACAGUUGACAAAAAUGUCUCAGACGCUUCGUCACCGCCUGUUCAGACUUUGAUAUUUGAAAAUACUAAUUAUUCUAAGACGACUAAGACUGGUCCUGAAAUGGCGAUUAAAUCUAAAUUUUCAAAUCACAUGAAGCCACCGCAACGCGUUGACAAACGCGAUAUUGAUGAGGACCCUAAUCUCCAGCAACAGCAGCAACAGCAACCACUCUCGGUUGCGUUCUCUAACAAACCGGCUAAUGAAUUGAUUAAAGACAAGGCCCAAGACCCGAUUCAGAUCCCACUGUCCUUCAAUAAGAGCGAAGACAGCGCAGAUAUGAAGCUUGAUUUUACCUUUGACGCUGACUUGUCCCAAUUAACCGAAGAGAAGAGCAAAUCUCUGGGCAUGCCGAGGUCCAUGCACAUGACGGGUGCUCAGAGCACCAUUUCUCCUUCUACAGCUGAGCUUAAUUUGAAAAUCGCAUCGGUUAAAAAGGUCUGGGAGAAUGCUUCAAUGCCAACUGUCGUCGAACACGAAGACGGAAACGUUGUGUCUACGGCUAACAGCUUUCCACAGAGCUUCGAGACCGCGGAUGUUGAUGAUAGCUAUCCUCAUCCUCAGUACAGCCAGAACAACAUGAAAAAUGAAAUCACGACUUCUACUAAUGUAUGCAAGCUGGUUCCCCCGCAGGUGAAGCCGCAGCAGCAAUCCUCCGGGAGUGGCGGCGCGCAAACAGGCUCCACUGUACCUGGUCCCAGUCCCAUUGGCCCUGGUCAGAGUCCCAUCGGGCAUCCACCAGCCAGUCUUCAAGGUCCUCUGAGUCCUCCUCCAUUCAAUUCUACUGGACAACCCUCUCAUAUCAAUUAUCAGGAAUUCCCACAGUAUCCAGGAUCACAGGCAGCGCAAUACGGUAGCAUGUCUGCUAUUCCAUCGCCCCCAGCAGUUCUAUUUAACACUGGCUCUGGUCAAUUGCCAGCCCAAGCCGGUGGUCUCUACGGUGCAUUCCAGUUGGAUCAGAGUCGUUCACCAUUCACUCAGUAUCCACCUUAUGGUCCCUCUCUGCAAAGUUCGUUCAAUCAGCAGAAUGUGUACUUACAACAGCCGCCGCCUCCACCUCACGCUCCAAACGCAGCUACACCUGAUAUGUAUCAAAAUAAUUUGUCGCAAUAUCGAAUUCCCGCAGCUGCGGCCCCGCCGUUUGGACAAAAUCAACAAUUGAGCAAUAAUCCUAACACUGUUUUGAUAAGUUCGUCAUCCAACUCCCUGAUGUCGGCUAGUGUCAAGCCUUCUUCUCAGUCUAUUGGUGCUAUUGGUACCAAGGCACCACAUUUCCAGGCACAAUCUGCUCAACCCAAUCAAAGACCUGGUCCUAAUGUUCAACAGACAGCUAACAGUUACUAUAGCGCAACAUCUGCUGAUGUAUUUCCGGGAUCACAAACUGGAUUUUACCAACCUGGUGGUACACAGCAAACGGGAACACACUACGGUCUUCAGGGGUUUGGUCAACAUAGUCAGAGUUUAGCAACUGGUAAUGCAACCCCCGUAAAUCUACAGAGUUUUAGCUCUCAAUUUCUUUCUGGCUCGGGACUGCAAAUAGCCGCAGCUGCUGCUGCACAACAGUAUCGUAAUCCCACUGGUGGAUUACAAGGUCCGGCAAAUGCAGCGGCAACUUUUCUUAGCAAACACCAACAACAAGAACAACCGAGACAAUUGAAAAGCCCGUCGGGAAAUCAACAAGAUGUUUUGGCAUCGGUUUUUAAUUCUACACCACAAAUACCAUCACCGAAAUCAAGAAAUUGUAAACAAUCACAAUCUCAACAACCACAACCAAGUCCAACUCAGCAUCAUAAAUAUCAACCGUACCAGGGCGUCAGUCAGUCUGCUCUGGUAAUCCAACAAAAUGUCCGUGGAAUGGGUAUGCCUCCACGUGCUGGUAUUCAGCCGUCUCAACAACGUUACCCCCCACCAAUUCAGCGACCAGUGGUACCAUUUCCACCCGGUCCUAAUCCCAAUAACCCCAAUCAGCAACAACAAAACUGUAUACCAGCUCAACAAAAUCAAGUAAACCGACACAGGCCAAACUUACACCAACAACAACAACGUAAUAUGAAAUUGCAGCAGCAAUAUUAUUCGGGGCAAGGUCAGUUUCGAAAUGGCAACAAAAUGGAUCCAAGCGACAAAGCAGACUCUCACAACGACAAAAUAGUUGACGGCAAUACCGGUGGCCAGGGUACUGGCAAUAAAUCAAAUGUAUCUCAACAAGACGGCGACGUUAAGGAAGAAGUUAACCAACAGAACGAAUAAAAUAUAA